AGCAGCACAACUUCUGAAGCUCAGAAGACUCGCCGAGUCGCAGAGUCUAGAGUACCAGUUCUUGAAAGUCCCCUUCGAGCAAUUCAAAAGGACGGUCCGAAACAACCACCGAAUCGCAAGGAACGAAGUUUCGGCCGUCAUCUCUGCGGUACGGGCCGAAAUGUCGGGCGAUCAGGCGGUGACGAAGUUGACGGCGGCGGUUUCGAAGCUCCGAGGUCUCAAACUCAGGUUAGAAGAACGUAAUGAGAUCGAGACCUUACAGCUACAAAGAUGCCGAACUAGAUUAGACCACCUAGGAACUGCAAGUGUAGGUAAUCUGAAGGAGUGGAAUGAUAUGAAGUUGAAGCGAAUCCUUGUUGACUACUUCUUGCGCAAGUGUGACAUUGUUUUUGCCACUAAACUGGCAGAAACUUACAAUAUACAGGACCUUGUUGACAUUGAUGUCUUUCUCGAGGCAAAAGAGAUAAUUGAUUUUCUUCAUAAUAAGGAAAUACCUCCUGCUUUAGCUUGGUGUGCAGAGAACAGGAUCAGGUUGAACAAAUUCAAGAGUAAAUUUGAGUUCCACUUGAGGCGUCAGGAGUUUAUAGAAUUGUUGCGCAUUGACAACCUCAGUCUGGCUGUUGAUUAUGCUCAAAAUUACCUUGCGCCCUGGGGAGCUACAUUUAGGGAAGAGCUAGAACAUGUCAUGGGAGCCUUUGCAUUUAGUGUCAAUACUGAAUGUGAGACAUACAAGGUUUUGUUUGAGGAAAAGCAAUGGGACUAUUUGGUCGAAGAUUUCAAGAGAGAAUUUCAUAGAUUGUUUGGUAUAACUAAUGAAUCUCCGCUGGAUAUCCAUCUCCAAGCGGGAUUAACAGUCCUGAAAACUUUAUCUUGUUAUGAAGGGAACUGUCCAAAAGAAGACCCAUUUUCGCAGGCGGGCUUCCGCAAAUUGGCAGAACAAUUGCCAUUCUCAAACCAUCGCAGUUCCAAGCUUAUCUGUUAUAUAUCCAAACAGCCUAUGGAUCAUUUGAACCGGCCGCUUGUGUUACCCAACGGUUAUGCGUACAGUACCAUGGCACUUUUAAGCAUGGCUGUGGGGAACGAAAACGAAAUCACCUGCCCCAGGACUGGUGAUGUGUGCCACAUUAGUGAGCUUGUUUUCGCACAUAUCAUUUUAUAGAAAAUGUUAUCACAUACUGUACAGUCUGAUAAUCCUUCUUUCUUUCAUUCUUUCAUUUCGAUGUAUUUUCUCGACCUGCUUGUAUGAAGUCGCAGGUUUUGACAUCUGGUUGUGAGGGACACUGUAAUUAGAUUGGUUUAAAGUGGAUGGUAAUAAGAUGUGUACAGUUCAGUUCA